AUGAAAGGUUAUAAGAUCACUAACUGUGCCCAAGAGAAGAGAAUUGGUAUUGUUGGUAAUUCAAUAAAAGACGUUUUCACUAAAGGAUGUCAAAAAUUAAAGGUAAAAGAUUUUAGUAUAUCUACUCAACUAUAUUUUUAUCUUUUAAAUACCUACUUAUAAUGAUAUAUUUUAAAUUUUUCAAAAAUUAUGGCUUGAAUUUCAAUAAUAUGUAGUAUACACUGUUGAUUUUUUCCAGAAUUAAGUAGUUAUACUAUUUUAGUUUUUUAAUUAUUUUACACAAAAUUGGAUUUAGAGAUAUAUUUUAAGUUUUUUAUUCUAUUCUAAAUUAAGGUGUUACAUUAGUUGGAGAAUAUGGCUAGGUAGGUAUGUACUUAUGAGUUACUAUUACCUAGCUAAAUAUGAUUUAUUUUUUUUGUUAUUAAUACACUUGAUAUUUGAUCUAAUUUAUGUAAAUUAUAUACAAUUAUGAAAUUAAUCUAAUACAAAAACAUUUUUGUUUUAUAUCUUUUAAUAUGUUAUUAAUACAAUUAUUAUCUUGAAAUAAUGUAGAUGGACAGUGAAAACGUGACUAUGAUGCUGAUUGACGGUACGGUGGUUGAUGAUGAAGACUAUUUUCAAACAUUACCAGCACAAACAUUAUUUAUGUUUCGAUCAAAUGGAGAAUCAUUUCAAACAGGUAUCUGAUGUAUAAUUGUUUACAUUUCAUCACAAAUUGUACCUUUAAUCACUUGACGAACUGGUGUCAUGUAUAUUUUCAUAUUUAUUAGGCUUUGGUCAUAUUCCUUUUUAUUGUAUAUUGGAAAUGUAUUUGAUAAUACCCAAAGAUUUCCUGUACGGUCAACCCUGACAUCAGCUGGAUAAAUGUCAGCAGUUUGGUCCAAGCUUAUUAUACCUUGGGUUAAUUCAUUAUAUUCUUCUCCACUAAAAAUUUUUCACCAUUCUAGUAUACACAAUAAUUAUAUAAAAAAUAAAUACAAAUAACUAAAUUACCUGUAGGAAUUCCAACAACCAAGAACGUUUUUCAACAGAAGUCCAUAAACUAAGACACCGGUUUCCAUGUCAAAAGAUGAAGCUGUUGCUUGUUUAUUAACACCUCUUGUUCCCAUUACUUUAAAAUCAUAUACAUUAAUAUUUCUAUCAUAAUUCCCACUACGUACUAUUUUGGAACUGACUGUAAAUCCCAUUGUACUGGCUAUGCUAUGAAAAUAAAUGCUCCUAUAGCCAUCUCUCCCUGUUGGUGAAAGUGUUAUUCCAUAUAAACCCUUUUGAGACUGAUAGUGUACUUCACCCAAAAUUAUAUCGCCACAAAGAGGAUCAAAAUGAAAAUAAUUAUGUGAUAGUGCGAAUGAUUCAUUAGUAUUCCAAUUGUAAACCAAUAAUCGAUAGGUUUCACUAUCUGGUAUAUAUGCAUAUGCAUUUCCACAAGUUGAAGAUGUCACAUCAAUUUCCAUGUUAGAGAAGUCUGAAUUCAUAUUUGUUAAAUGUGCUAGAUUAUAAGUUCUCAAAUGUAAGUCAGUUUUUAAGUCAUACACAUGUAAAACUGUAGCACUUUCUCGUUUAUUGUUUAUUAUUCCAUUGUCUAAUAUCCAUAAGCGGUCACAAACAUCAGCUCGUACUUUGAUUACUGAUGUAAAAUUAUGUUCAGAUAUUUCGUGAACUUUCCAGUCAGGAUAAGGAAUUAACAUAAGUGUGUUAUUAUUUUUAUAACUUUCCAUAUCUAAAUAAAAAUUAUAUUCAUACACAUACAUAUUAUGAAGAAUAUGUGAUAUCCACAUUUACCGUUUCAGUUCAACUAAUGGACAACAUAAUAAAAUUACAUAACUUAGACUUAAACUUUUAGGCAAAAAUUAGAGUUUAAACACAGGUGACAAAAUUCAAAGAGGAAACAUUUUUGAGGGUAUCACAUUGAUUUUGUUCUUAAAUAAUAUCUUACAAAAGAGUUACAGCCCUGUUAGUUUUUGGUUUUUUAUUGUAAUUAAUAUUUUAUAUAAAAAAAAAAAACAAUCUGUACUUGAAAAAAUUCUCUUAUUUAAAUUUUGUUACUUGUGUUUAAACUAUGAUUUCAACAUGAACUUAUUAUAUUAUUUUGCUAAAAUUCACAUUAGUAGUUAGAUUAAGAAUGUAAUUGCAGGUAUCACAUCCUUUAAUACCAUAGAUUAUAUUUAAUCUUCUAAAAAUUAAUGCAUUUUUUACUUGUGAUAUUGAUGUAAGAUAGCGUUACUGGUACAUCAGACUUGAGUCUUGGCGUUACCAAAAAUAAUUUAGUUUGCCAUCGUUCCAAAGCGACUGGCAUUGUAUUAGUCGAUUCAAUUUUAUUGUUAUUUUGAGAUACCUUAUUGGACAUUGAAAAAUGAAUUUGUUGAAAAUUAAAUAUUUCUUUAAUCCUGGAGCUCCAUGCAGAACACAAUAAAAAUAAUAAUAUUAAUAUUAAUCUACACAUCAUUUACUAUGAAUGUAAUAUCAAAAUAAUAUUACUAUACUGCUAUUACUAUAUACUAAUACAGUAGAACUUCCAUUUAAUGAUCAACAUAAAGACUAGAAGUAACAAUUGCUAUUUAAAAAUGGCUGUUCUAUACAGGCUAUAUAACAUCCUAUAAUACUUAAUGUGACAAACAAAUUAUUGUUUAUUAGAGGUGGCUGUUAACGGAAGUUUCACUGUAUAAAUUGAUAUUUUUCUUGCACAAUCAUUUCCUAAAAUGUUGGUAUUGUUGUAGAACAAAUAGUACAUUAUUUCAUAAAAUAAUUGCUAAGUAUUUAACCACAUCAACUUCAUUAAUGCAUGUCAUAAGUGCAUGCCAAAUGUCCAGUAACAUUAUAUUAGAAUCUAAACUAUAAGUGAUUUCUUCUAAACGAGAAUUGUAUUAUUUGAACAAUAAUGUAUAAACAGUUAUUGAUAUAUUGUUUAAUUUUUUUAAUUACAGAUCAAAAAUUACUAUCAUCUAAAUAAUGUUAAAAUAUAAAAAUCUUGGUUACACAUGUAAAAAUUAUUUAAUUAUGUUUAAAAAGACCAGAUAAAAUUUUAGAAGAUAAUUGACAUUCGACAAUUUUUGUGUACAACAUUGUCUUAAGUUUCACACUUAAGGUGCCUUGUCAGUCAUCACAAAUAUUUGUUUUUCUAUUUUGUUUUUAUUUUUUCUAACAUUUGAUUAAAAUUGUGUAUGCACAAACUUUUUUAAUACUGCAUGUAGCACUUCUUAAUAUAAAUAUUAAUAUGUAAAUUUUUGAUUUUUCUAUGUGGCAUUUUUGGAAAAAAAGUAAUUAUACGUUAAAACUGUUAUUAAUGAUUACUUAUUUUUCAAUAAAUAUUUACAUUUUCUUAAUUUUUAGGUGCUGAUUUGGUGUACAACGUCCUGACAACAGUUAAUAAAGACAUACUACAAUCAGCAAUUAAAAUAAAAUCAUUUUUUAAUGAAAACAUUAAAGACAAAAUACGAAUUUUGUCUUCAAUUUUAGAUGAAGAUCAAAACCAAAAUAUAGAUUUAACAACAUGCAGUUUACGAUCUAAAGAUCCUGAAUGGUUUCAAGGUAUAAUUAUUUUUAAUUGUAUAAUUUUCAAUAAUUCAUUUUUGCAAGAAAAAAAAAAAUAAGUUUUGCCAAUUUUAAUAUAACUUAUAGUUUUUAUAAAUAUCUGGUAUAAUAUUAUGUAGCUCUAUAGUUGAAAUUAUAUUUUCUGUAGUAAGGAAGUGCUAUCAUUUAUUUUUUUUUCUUCCAAAGAUUUAGACACAAGAGCAAAAACAAAAGAAGAAUUUCUGUUCAAACGUUGUCAAGAACGAAUACGGAAUUAUAUGUACAAAACAAAGACUGAUAUGAUUAAGUCUGAUUUUUAUAUAAAUCAUUCAAAUUGCCGAAAAUUCUUGGAUGAAGUAUACAAACAAUUCAGUGAGCUUUUGAAUAAAAACAAAUAUCAUGGAUAUUAUUUUGAUAGAUCAAAUUCAAAUUGUUUGUGUGAUACUACUGGAAUAUUUACUUGCCAGGGCGCUUGGAAUCAAACUGGUUGUUUUUACGAACGUGGUACUGGUCACAAAAUUAAUCCGUAUCAAAACAGAGAGUGUAGAAUUAUAUUUUCUACUUGGAAUUUGGAUCAUUGGUACAACAUUAAAUAUUAUCUUUUAAAUACAAAUAAAAAUAUGUUUUUGAUUUUGAUUAGGGUUGAGAGAUCUAGAACUGUGAUACCAGCACUGUUUGAAGCUAGUAUGAUGGCAUCCAAAGCCUACUGUUCCAUAAAUAUGAAUUAUUUUUAUAAUUUACUCUUCACUACAGUUAAUCUUAAACUUGUACAUAUUGUAUGUCAUGACAAAGGCCAACAUGGUAGUGCUAAAUGUGAUUCAAAAUUGUAUUUAAAAGAUAAACAGGUAAAGCUUUGUAAUAUAUAUAUAUAUAUUUGUAGUGUGUUUUUGAUAUACAUUUUUGAAAAUUUUUUCAUAACACAUAAAAUCAGUUCUCAAAUAUUCAGAGUGUUUAAAAUAUUCAAAGUGAUCUAACAAUAUAAUGUUAAAAUAUAUUCUUUUUUUCACAGAAAAUCAAAAAUACUGAUUGUCACUUAAAGAAUGGUUUGUGCAAAAUAAAAAUCAAUAGGAAGUCCAUUCAAAAUUAAUUAUUAAGUAAUUACCUACUAUAUAUUUAUAAUUGAAUAUCCAAAACAUAACUUUUAGGAGAUGAUGUGGGUUAUACUGCUCACCCCAUACAUUUAGUAUUAAUUAAUAUAUUUAAGUAUAAUGUUUGCUUAUCCAUUGAAGAAAUAAACAGAAUUUUUAAUUAUAUUCAUUAAUAAAUAUUGGCAGCAGUGGGGAAGUAUUUUGAAAAUAAAUCCUCCACUACUGUUGAUAUAAACAUGAAAAAGAUAAAAAGUAUAAGAAAUAGUUGAUAUUAAUAUUAAAUUAAAUUAAGAUAAUACAAUUAUUUUUUUUAAAUAUACUAUUUGAAUAAUUUGGUAUAAACUAUUCGGUUGUGCAUGAAUACAACCAUGCACAACCGAUAAUAUACCUGAAUGUAAUUAUAAUCAGUUCAGCAUUUUACCUGUUUAUAAUUUUAUUUAUGACUUCUUAAAUUGAAAUUACAGUGAAAUUGUAAAAUUUAUCGGUAACUCUUUAUCUACCAUAGAUUUUAAUUCUUAUAAUAUUGUAAAUGCCUUUUCGAUCAAUUUUAUUUUAUCUUAUACUAUGCAAUUAAUAUUUUUGUUAUCUAAAAACAAAUUUAUAAUAGUCGUUUCCCCACUUGGUUUUCUACUGCUUUGAAGCUAUUGUAUAAAGAUAAAAUAAUUGCCUAUUUAAUAAAAAAUAUAAUAAUAUCACUGAUUACUUAAAUUUUUCCCAUAUGAGGGCUAAAUGCAAAACAUUUUCUAAAUUUUAUUACAAUAAUUAUAUAAAUAAAGUUCAAUUUGUAAUCAAACAAAAUCUAAAAUAUUUUUGAAAAUUUAUUAAUAAUCGAAGAAGUAAUAACGUACUACCUAGCCUGUUAAUUCUAGAAUUAAGUAUCGUCGAUAAUGGUACCGAUAUUGUCAAUCCCUUUGCAAGCUAUUUUUCUAACACCUAUUGUAAUCCUCAAUAGUCCUAUCAUCCAUCUAUAAUUAAUGUUGCGGAAUGCUUAAACUCUAUGUUAAAUCUAAAUUAUCUUAUUCUAACUGAAUUUGUUGUCUUAAAUAUGAUAUCCCUCAACCUCAAUUGCAGCACUGGUCCAGAUGAUUUAUCAGUUUCCUUUCUAUAUAAUUUUAAAUUUAUCCUUAUGCCAAUUUUAACUAAUAUUUUCAAUAUGUCUAUUAAUAAAGAAGUUUUUCCUACUUUUUGGAAAACAUUGUUUAUUUUUCCUGUUCAUAAAAAUGGGGACCCUUCUUUAAUUUCUAACUAUUGCCCUAUCUCUGAGAUAUCUAUCAUUCCUAAGUUAUUUUCAAUUAAUCUCAUCUAAAUUAUUAAAACUUUGCUCCUCUUUUCUUACAAGUAAACAAUACGGUUUUAUUCCCUAAUCAUUCGACCUGUAAUAAUCUAUCAAUCACCAAAAAUAUAGUCUUCCGAACUAAAUGCACAAACAGACAUGGUUUAUACUGAUCCAAGGCUUUCGAUCUAGUUAAUCAUUAAAUCCUAGCAAAGAAACUACAAUCCUUCGGUUUUUCUGGCUCUAUACUUCUUUGAUUUCAAUAAUUUCUUUCUAACCAUUUACAAAUUGUUAAACAUCUUAAUUUUCAAUCUGCACAGUUCCAUGUUCCUUUUGGUGUUGUUGAAAGAGACCACCUGUCUAUUUCACUCUUUAAUAUAUUUAUCAACGAUCUUCCUAUCGUUAUUAUAAAUUCUAAAAUUUUUCUCUUCGCUGAUUACACUAAAUUAAUAAAAAUAAUAAAAACGGAAAAAGACUCAAUCAAUUUACAAUAUUAUAUUGAUAAUCUAAUAAUAUGGUGUGAUUUAAACAAUUUAUCUUUAAAUAUUAAUAAAUGUAAGUUUAUACAUUUUUACCGUAUACAAAAUCCAAUUAACUUUCAAAAGUUUAUAUCUGAUUCUAAAAUAGAACUAGUCUCUGAUUUUAAAGACCUGGGAAUAAUCUUUAAAACUAAAUUCAAUUUUUCUAUUUACUCAGAAAUGAUAAAAAAUAAAAUUUUGUGAAAUUUAGAUUUCAUUAAGCGUACCUUUUUCAAAUCCUAUUUCACUAAAACUACUUUGUUCAUUGAAACCUUGAUUACUGUUCAUUAGUUUGGUUAAAUAAUACACUUUAAACAAAAAAAUGAUAAAAUCAAUUAAUUUUUUAAGAUUUAUUUCUUUGAAAUUUAAUAUUUUUAGACAUCCUCACAGUCAAAAGAACUUGAAGAAUUAAAAGAACAUAUUUCUAUCAAAAUGUUUACAUAA